UAAGGCGCUCAGGCAAGAACAUCUAUAGUAUGUGUAUACAAAAGUGGUAUUACCAGGACAUACCGUAAAUUACCCCCAUCGACCGAACCUUCUGCUCCUCGCGACGUCAUGUCCCCGACCUGCCCUCCUUCCAUUGUCACAGACCAAAGGCAAAGGCACGGAAGAUGUGAGUUCUUCUUUGGACGGUGGAGGAAUCUAUUGAUUUGCUCUUGCUGACCAGACAAAAAAGACCCACUAGACUUCGGUUGACUCCGACUUCCCAGAUCGUACCACUCCACUCCGAAUCCUCUCUCCGGACGAUCAAUCCCACGACUCUCGACAGGCGAUAAAGCAUCAUUGUACCUUAUCACCCGCUACAAUGUCUAGCGAACCUCUUCCUUCCUCCCUAGAGGAUAACCCUCACUUUCAGGAGGAAACCGGUCUCCAAAAGUUCCGCAGACGUUUCAAGGAAGAACCCUUGAUCCCGCUAGGAUGCGCCGCCACCUGUUACGCGCUCUACCGGGCCUACCGAUCGAUGAAGGCCGGCGACUCGGUGGAAAUGAACAAGAUGUUCCGUGCUCGUAUCUACGCCCAGUUCUUCACGCUUGUCGCCGUGGUUGCCGGAGGCAUGUUCUAUAAGACGGAGCGACAGCAGCGCAAGGAGUUCGAGCAGGCGGUGGAGGCGCGCAAGAGUCAAGAGAAGCGGGACGCAUGGCUGCGCGAACUGGAGAUUCGUGACAAGGAGGACCGCGACUGGCGGGAGCGCCAUGCCGCCAUGGAGUCGGCGGCCAAGGAGGCUGGCAAGGCCUCUGCUGCUAAGCCGGUUCCUGAGCAGGAUGCCGCUCGCUCUGUGGUGGAGCCGACCGAGCAGAAGUCGCUCGGGGUGUUGGCGGCUGUCCGAGAGCUUGUGUCGAGGCAGAGGUAAAUUCCUGGAGAAUUGAGGCAAGGGGAAUAUUCAAAAAAAGGGUUCUUGGAACCUAGAUCGGUCUUGAUUGAGUUUGGGUAUCAUAGUGUACAUAUAUACAUUUUGGUGUUAUUCUGCAUGCGAACAUCUCGUCUCUAGCCGCUUCCUGUCAUGC